AUCUUCUCCAUCGUGGUGUUCGGCUCCAUCGUGAACGAGUGCUAUGUGAACAGGGACAGCCAGAGCUCCGAGCUGCUCUGCAUCUUCAACGAGAACGAGAGUGCCUGCAGCUACGGCAUCGCCGUGGGCCUCAUGGCCUUCUUUGGCUGCAUCUUCUUCUUCGUGGUGGACCUGCAGUUCCAGCAGAUCAGCAGCGUGAAGGACCGCAAACGGGCCGUGCUGCUGGACCUGGGCUUUUCAGGUUUCUUGUCUUUCCUGUGGUUUGUAGCAUUCUGCUUCCUAGCAAACCAGUGGCAACGGACGACGAUGAGCAAAGGGGUGUCACAAGGAGCCGACGCCGCCCGGGCAGCAAUCACCUUCUCCUUCUUCUCCAUCAUCGUCUGGGUGAGUUCAGCUUCAGAGCUGAG